GCCGCUCGCGGGGCGGGCUGCAGCCAGCCCGCGCUGUGCGCGCUGCUACGCCGCAAGCGGCUGCUCGCGCAAGGCUCUCACACCACGUGGCGUCAGGCCCUCGCCAUAGGGCUCGCCUUCUGCUUCCCGGGCGACGCAGGGCUGCUGGAGUGGGCCCUCGAGUCGCCGAUCGCUGCUGCCAGCGCGAGCGACCCUCUCGCGCGCUACGAGCGCAUCUCCCCGAGGCUGAGCUUCACCGAGUACGUUGGCCUGUCUAUGCGCUCCGUGCACAGAUGGAGUCGGGCGCACCGCAACAUGGGCGGAGGCCACGGCGAGGCCCCCCUGAUGCUGAUGAGGCUCUACCCCAAGAAGAAAGGCGGCAUGGGGUGGAUCUACGUUCGGCCAGACCGAAGCUCGGGCUCUGUCGGCCUCAAGGAUCGAUCACGGAUCACCGCCAGGCGACAGCCGAACACUACCUGUGCCCACCCCCCCGCCCGGUCCGCCGACGAGAAGACGGCGGCGAUCGAGGCGGGCACCGGGAAGCAGCUAAGCGUGGAGUUUGGCGCCGCACGCAGGCUGCGCUGUACUUCCGCGCUUUGGGACUGGGCCAAGUGGACGGUGGAGAAGCUAGACGACACGCGCACAUUCUUGAUGGAGCUGGGCGACUUCAGGGCCUACCUUUACGACCUCUGCCAG